AUGAAGUUCACCCUUCUUCUCGCCGUUGCUUUUCUGGUCACCCUGGUAACUGCUUACAGAGAUCAUCCUGGUGAUCAUGUCCUUCUCGUCACCAGUACUGUUCAGGGAGCUACUGGCAAGUUCAAUUUUGAUUUCAAGCCUGUUAAAGGCUUUGGAGCAGCUUACUACCAAUCGAGAUGGGAUAACAAGCCGUUCAUUCAGACUCGAGCCAUCUGGUACCGUGCCGUUCUUCCCGAUGAUGAGCAAUGGAAGCGGGCUUUGGACAAGGACAUUAUCCAGAUCUACAACAAGCGGGGAAUGCUCAACCUCACCAUGGAUGACAUGAUGGAGGUCUACGAGAACGGAACCAAGUAUGCCGUAUCCAACCAGAACACCUCUGCAGUUCUUCAUGCUCCUGUCGCUUUCAAUCAGACUGCUUAUGAUGAAUACUUUCCUACUGUGCAUGAAUUCCUGAAACAACUGGAUCUGGGAACCUACUACGGAGCUGGUCUUCUUUCAUGGUGGAUGUUAAUCUUUCUGGUUGGAAUGGCCUCUAAUCUCGGAAAACAUGCCUUUUUCGGACUCUACCAGAAAAUCAAGGGUCACAGGUUCAGAAAACAUGUCUCUAUGCCUGCUCUGUGGGGAUACAAACACUGCCAGCCUGCAGGAGGAUAUCUGGGAGGCUUCAUCAGUAUGUGUACUCCUACCCGAAUGCAGGCUCUCGUGGUCCUUGGAUACCUGAUUAUGGCCUUCAUCUUCUUGUUCACUCAGUACAAUCUGUUCACACCCAACUUUUACUGGAAAGCCCAUGGAGACCAGCUGGCACGAUACAUUGCCGACCGAACUGGAAUCAUGUCUUUCACCCAGGUACCCAUUGUGUUUUUGUUUGGAGGAAGAAACAACUUCUUCAUGUGGCUUACAGGCUGGUCUUUCGAUACCUUCAACAUCUACCACCGGUGGACCUCUCGAGUCAUGAUUUUGUAUGCCGUCAUCCACUCCAUUUGUUACUCGUAUCUCCAACGAGAUUUCUUCAGCGUGGCAGCUUCACAGUUCUAUUGGAUCAUGGGAACAGUAGCUACCAUCUGUGGCUCUUUGAUUCUGUUCCAAGGUUUGCAUUUCUUCCGGUCUAGGUGGUACGAGACUUUUCUUGUCAUCCACCUCAUCCUCGCUGUGGCCUUUAUUGUGGGACUGUGGUAUCACUGUGUUACUCUUGGCUGGAUGCAGUGGGUCUACGCUACUAUUGCCGUCUGGGCGUUUGACAGAGCAGCAAGAAUCGCUCGCAUCAUCUGGUCAGGAGGGGUUGUUAAAGGAGAUUUUGAACUUGUGGACUCAGACCAGCUCAUUGUCAAGGCCGAGAUGGAGUACUCCAACUGGUGGAAAAUCUACCCUGGAGUUCACGUCUAUAUUUACAUUCUCAACGGUAAGUUCUGGGAGUCUCACCCGUUCACCGUCUAUCAAAGCCCCUAUGCUCUGAAGACUGGUAAGAUGACGGUGCUUCUUAAGGCCAAAGAAGGCAAGACUCUAUCUUUAGCCAACCUCCUGGCAAAAGGUGGAGGAUCCAGGCGACUGAAAACGUUUAUUGAGGGGCCUUAUGGUGCCAAGCACCCCAUUGGAAAGUACGACUCCUCAAUUUACGUUGCUGGAGGAAUCGGUAUCACUGCCACUUACUCGUACGCAGUGGAUGUCAUUCAAAAGAGUACAGCCAAGAACCUCAUCUUCACCUGGGUUGUGCGGAAUGAUACGUGUCUCACCUGGUUCAAAACCGAACUGGACACUCUUCUGGCAGAUACAAGAGUCGAGGUCAAUCUCUAUAUCACCGGUGGCGGUGGUGCCAAUGCUCUGGCUUCUACAGGUUCUGAGUCUGAUUCCAAACACUCUGAAAAGUCUACUUCACUGACUAACUCUUCUCGUCUCAAUAUCAUCUAUGGACGACCCGAUAUGCUUACUGAAAUGCCAGCCUACGUCGAACGGUGUCCUGGUACUACAGCUGUGGUGGUCUGCGGCCCUCCUGUUCUCAACGACGAUAUCCGACUAUCUCUGGUUCAUUCGACGGAUUGUACCAAGGUCGAUUAUUAUGAAGAGGCUUUCUCUUGGUAA